AUGACAGAAUUGAUUGAUAAAUUUAGAGUGCCUUUUUUAACAUCUCUUGCCAAUUAUAAAUUGAGACAAUCAAAUGAUAUCUGGAUAAAUUUUAGAAAGUUGCUACAACUAUUUGAAGGAUGCGAACCUUGGAUUGUCAAUGUCAAUAAAUGGAAUCAAUAUAAAGUAUGGUCUCUAUUAGAAAAACCAUAAAAGUUAAUUAGAUUAGUUCAAAAUUUUAGAGUCAACAUUUAAAAGAUGCAUCCUAAAAAUAUAGAAAUUGCAAUAGACAAUUUAUGCUCAGGGGAUAAUCAAUAUUCAUAAUAUUUGGCUGCUCUUGUUUAAUACAUUAUUGAAAAAUACGAGAUCCUAAUUAAUGAAGAAUAAAUCGCUAAUUAUCUUGAUGAUUCAGAUCUUAUUGAAUCCAGAAUGAAAACACAAGAAAGUGGACUUGACUUCUAGGAAUAACCAUCAAUGGAUCUCUCUUGUAGUAAUAGCAAGCCUAAUUCUGCAAUGAGAAAAAGCAGUUGCACUCAAAGAUCAAAUACAACUGAAUCUCGGAAUAAUUGGAAUUAAACCAAAAAUACCAUUGAAAAUCUCUAGAAACACAAAUUGCAUUUAUAAUAAUAAAUUGAGUAAUAAAAAGAAAUUCUAAGGGAACUUCAAUAUUAGCAUAAUAAGACGACAUAAUAGAUUUAAAAGCUAAGUUCAAAUUCUAAAAUAGAUAAAAUCCUAAAUAACUUCAACAAAUCAAGAAGAUUUGUCUCUUGA